AGACAGAUCCAAAGACGUAUGUACCAAAGUACAUACGUCUUGUUUGUUUUGUUGGUUUGAAAGUCGAAGAUGUAACUGGCUUUUAAAAUUCGCUCUGAUAUAAUUCGCCAUAAUUAAUAGGAUUGUAGAUCGAAUCGGAUGGGGUAAACAAGUGAGGUGAACCGGUUUGUUCAAAAUUGAAUCAUUAACUCUUGGUCGUAGUAAUUAACUCGAAUCUGCAUGACUUGCAACCGAAUUCAGUAUAAAAUAAGAUUAAAGUGUGGAAGAAAAUGUGGUUUAAUUCUCUUAUCCUCAGUGUUUUAAUUUGUAUUCAUUUUAUUAUUGCUGACGUUGGUGAUGAUUGUGAACCAAACGGCCAGUUAUCAGAAGGUGUUUGCACUUUAAUUACUGAUUGUGAAGUGGCAAUAAGGUCUGUCAAAAAUAAAAUAUAUGACAAGUUUGAAAGAUGUGGAUUUUUAGGAGAUGAUGAAGUUGUUUGUUGUCCUCGCACAACAUACAAAUUUGGAAGUGGAACCUCAGAAGCACCUAUUGCGUCUCGGAGAAAAGCUGAUACAGAAUGCGAGAAAAUCAUCAAAUCGACAAUUACGCCAUUAGAUGUCCACAUUAUAGGCGGAGAUAUAGCGACCGUCGGGGAAUUCCCUCACAUGGUGGCUGUAGGUUUCGACCGCGGCAAUGGUUACAUAUUCGACUGUGGGGGGGCGCUGGUGUCUACGACAUUUGUCAUCACCGCCGCACAUUGCAUAGACACUUUAGACAAAAUAAAACCCAGCAUAGUGCGUGUAGGAGUAGUAGAGCUUGGAGGUAGCGAGUGGAAUGAGAGGUCCGAUUUCAGGAUCGAAGAAAUUAUUGUACAUCCUGAGUACAAACGCCGGGAGAAGUACCACGAUCUAGCCUUGUUGAGGUUAGAGCGGCCGGUCAAGGUAUCUAGUGAUGUGAAUGCAGUAUGUUUAUACACUAAAGACGAGGAUCCUACUGUCCCCCUCACUAUCACUGGGUGGGGUCGAACAAGUACAUCACGCGACGUCCGGAGUAACGUUUUAUUGAAAACGAACGUGUCUGUAGUGAGUAGAAGCAAAUGCAGCGAGUCGUACGCGAACUGGCGGAAGCUGCCAAGCGGGAUAUCCGUUGGACAGCUGUGUGCCGGGGACCCUGAUGGAUUGCACGAUAGUUGCCAGGGCGAUUCCGGCGGCCCCAUCCAGUUGCCUCCGUCGUCAGACGCGCAGUACCGACUCGUCGGUGUGACGUCAUUCGGGCGCGGCUGCGGAUCGUCCGAGCCAGGCGUCUACACACGCCUCAAGCAUUACCUCGACUGGAUAGAGCGCACCGUUUGGUCCAACUAGCAUUUUGAAAAUGGAACGCCGCCGGCCCGGCAACACCACUGAUCUCUACGCUAUAUAUACUCAGAAUCUCAUAUUGGCAAUGUAAAAAUUACCCCCUAUUAAUUCAUGCCAUUUUGGCACAGAUAGCAUUGAAAGUCUGUGUAACUAAUAGUAGUGAUGAGACACUAUUGCAACGCCAGUAGAGGGGAUCACAUUAACUUUAAAAAUCAUGACUUAUUCCGCAUUUUUGCUAAAAACUAUCUGUUACCAUAAUUCAUAUUUAUAUUUUAUAUACUUCUAUAAAGGAGGAGACUCAAUUCUCAACUCAUUUGCAUUUGAUGUCAUUUAUUCACUGAGGGCGUUUCAAAUGGGGGCCCGAAACAAGCUGUCAUUUUGUGUUGGAACAUGCGGUACUUGUGUUAAUUCAUGUCAGUGGGCUGCACCGCUUGGUUUCACAAAGCAAAGCUUGUCAAGGCAAAUAUUUUAUAUCUACUCUCUCUUCUCAUUCUCUUUGCUUAUCCGAAGUGAUAGAAAGAAAAGACAUAUGCUUGUUCACGUUUUUGAAUUAGCGGGAAAAUAGUGAAAAAAAAUAUGUGUUCUUGUUGCAUAACAUCCGAAUGGCUAAUGGUCUAGUUUUCAUUUAUGUACACUUUGUUAUUUCUUAAUGUAAUUAAGAAAAUAGAGAAUGUAAAUUUAUGUCAUGCGUAAAAUGUUAAAAUAUAUACUUUAUCCUAAUUGAAUCCGUGAACGCAAUCAAUUUUGUUGUUUGCUAAAAUAAAAAUGUAUUGGCAGAUAAUACACAAUAAAUUAUAAAAUACUUAAAAGAAAUACAUAUGUAGCAAUUUAGAAUUAUUUCGAGUAGGUAGGGUGCAUUUAUUACUGACCAAAACCGUAUGUCGGAUAUUUAAAGCAUACAAUAUUGUUGUUAAGCAUAUUCUCUGAUUCUGAGUAUGCCAUAUUCUAAAUUGUUGUCAAAUUAAAACAAUCACUAACGUUACUAGUCAAAAGCUCUCUUUACAGUGUGUUUGUACCUUUAAAUAUAUUUAUUAUAUAAACCUUUUUCUUGAAAUUGUUCGAUUUAAUACAUAUUUAGUUUAAAAAACCAGGAAAUUUGGUUAAAAGAGCAACUCUGUGUUAAUAUGUACUUUAUUGUUAUAUCUUGAGUUCUGUCCUAACUCAAAUAUAUGGUUGGAAUGAUUCUCAAGCAAUAAAUCAUACUUGUAAUGUUAUGAA